AGGCUCAUAGUUACAUCAGCCUCAAACAAGUGGCCGUGGCAGGCAAGUUGGAGGCAAAACUGCCAGUUUCCUCCACCGGCUCACUCCAGUCACAGCGUGGUGUUGCGUUUUCCCCCCCGAUCCGUUGUCCCAAUUCUUCAACGCCCGAUAGGUAAUUUUCUUACGCUCCCCGAGCUAUUAAAGGUUAAAUUACGUCGUGGGCGUAGCGGCUCCUUGUAAUGGCGACCGUGCCGUAGAUGUGCCUAGGUUUGUGAAAAUGAAGCGAAGAAGAAGUUAUUUUUUUUAAGUAAAACGCCGAGGUUCCCCGGAGGAGGACUUUGCGUCUACAACCAUCAUCUUUAUAAGUGGUAAACUUAGCUGUACUUUUGAACUUUUGUGCCCCCGAAAUGAUGAAGCUCAAGUCCAACCAAACCCGGACGUACGACGGGGAUGGCUACAAGAAGCGGGCCGCCUGUCUCUGCUUCAGGAGCGAGACCGAGGAGGAGGUGCUGCUGGUGAGCAGUAGUCGACAUCCAGACAAGUGGAUAGUUCCAGGAGGGGGAAUGGAGCCGGAGGAAGAGCCCAAUGUUGCUGCAGCUCGGGAAGUGUGUGAAGAGGCUGGUGUGAAGGGGACUUUAGGUCGCUUAGUUGGAGUAUUUGAGAACCAAGAGAGGAAACACAGAACCUACGUCUACGUUCUUAUUGUAACAGAGGUGCUGGAGGACUGGGAGGACUCGGUCAACAUUGGGAGAAAAAGGGAAUGGUUUAAAAUAGACGAUGCCAUACAAGUGUUGCAGUGUCACAAGCCUGUGCAGGCCACCUACUUUGAGGCUCUCCAGGAGAGUUGCCUGACCAGUAAUGGAACACCUUUGGUGGCCACGAUAGGUGGGGACCUCUCCCCUACCUACAGCAUCAAUCAGAGCUCCGUCUCGGGUAUCAGAUAACUAAAACCAUAACUCUGACACCCCCUGGAGCUUUCGCCACCACUUGCGCUCUUAUUGUGUCAUUUCUCUUCUCUUCUUCUUCUCUCUCUCUUUUUUUUUUGUUUCCAAUAACAUGGUUUGCCUUGCCAACUCCUUUGUGCCAGAACUAUGGCACAGACUUGAUGACAAGUGUUGGGUGAAUAGUCUGAAACACUUUGUAAAUGUAAAUGUAAUUUUUGACCCCUCUUUUUUUCUUUUUACUGACAACUGCAUGAAAUGUCUCUUCGCUCCCUUCAUUCUCCUUCCUUAACGCGCCCUUAGCGUGGUGUUUAUUGAAUGCAAGAACUACUUUUUACUGUUGUAAUGUAAAAGUGUAUACUUAGUGCUUAAGCUGAAGGCUUUUGGUGGUCUUUUUAAAAGUCUCCUCCAUUUUUCAGUUAUUUUUUUCUGUGAAUGAAUGUGCCCAUUAGUGUAGCCCCUCCCCUGUUAUCAGGAUAGGAAAUGUUGUCUGUAUCUGAAUGAUCAGAAUUGUGGGAAGUGACUUGUCUUGCAUGAGCACUGUUAUGUUGUGUCACACUCGCUCGAGUGAUGCUGACUGUGCAACAGACUUGUGGUAAGGUCUUUGGAUUCUCUUCAUUUUGCUCCUUAUCGUGGUUGUUGAUGUCUCUUUUUAUCGGAAGGAUAUGGCCCCUGAGUAGUCUUUCAAUUUCAAGUGUCAAGUGUGUUUCUCUCUUUUCUGGGAAGCUAGCCAAGCACUACAGGUUUCACUCUCAAAUAGAGCAUAUAUACUGUACAGAGAAUGAAAGAAUGUCAACAUACAAUGUAAAAUGAACCACCUUUCUCCUCAGUGUCUUUACCUCCUUUUAAUCCCUUUUUGUUUUCUUUUUUAAAAAAUGCUUUCUUGUGACUGACUACAAAGUCUUCCUCCACAUACUGCGAGGGUAGAAGUAGUAGAUAUCAAAAAUCAUGGACUUGUAAUUUCAAAAUGCAGCACAUAUCACUUAAGUUAUUAAAACCAUUUUCCGCAUUUUACUCCUCACAUUCAGUUUGGUUAAAAGCAAUUGUUUACAUUGUGUUCGUAACAUAGCACAGGUGACUUUAGUGGGCACUUUUCAUAAUGGUCUUUUUUUUUUUUUACCCUUCUGUCUUUAGUAUUUAAUCUGCAUCCCCAAAAACACUCAAAAACACCUGCUUGACAUUGAAAGUAAUGGAAUCUAUAAUGCUGUCUUUGGCAAGAUGCAGAACAAACAAGCCUUGUACAGUUUGAGACCUCGUUUUUAACAUGUAAAAUGCUUUUGGAUACUAGUUUUUUUUUGUUUUGUUUUUUUUCUCUCUAACGUCUGGCAAAAGUCUCUUUAGCCGAGCUGCGUCAUUUGGCCUCUGUGGCAUGAGGCAGCUGGCUCAAUACUGUGAAACUGGAGGCGCUGUAGAUAGCAUGUAAGAGGUUUUUAUUGUAAAUUGUUUAUUUCUGUAUAGAUCAAAGGUGAGAGUACAAAUGACAAAACACCUCUUACACAUCUGUGAGUGCUACAUGUCAUUUCAACCGAGGCUGGAAGAACUGAUUGAACUCAUGCCGUUGGUUUUGGAGCUGUUGGGAAUUUUCUCUUGAGUUAGCUUAGAGUACAUCUGAGGCUAAAGAACAAGGAAUGUGGCUGUGAUUGUGGGUGAGAGUGAAGAGCCUAUUUAUAAUCGAAUAUUCUCAAAAUCCUUAAUCCUUUUUUUUUUUUUCUUUUGGAGACCAAAACAGAUUUGUAACAGUAAAGGAUUACUGUUUUUUUCCCCUCAUCUUUGGCCAAGCUAUAAAAUGAAGUACAACUGCAGUCUGAGUUUCCAAACCAUUACUUAGUUUAGCAGUUUGUAGGCCUGUGGUCUUUUUCAAGCUAGCAGCUGUACCACCACUGUCAGUGUGUUUCCCUUAGAGUUUCGUUCGGUGGUCUUUCUUAGAAGCUCAAAGAUCAUACUAAGAUUUUCUGUCUAUAUUUAAACCUGUAAUAACUUUUUUUUGGCUACUUGGGGGCUUUAAAACGAGGUGUAAAGACAGAUUGACAAACUGCAUUAUCACCUUUUCAGUAUGGUUAAAAUUGCCUGUUUACCUUACAGGGAAACAUUAGCAUUCAUUUGGAGAGGUGUUUGUGUCGAAUGUAAAUCCAAUAAUCAGUCUCUUUUUAGCUCUGUUUUGGUAUCCACCAACCCCAGAGGGAAAUAUAGCUGGCUCUUUUAGCUGCUAAAUGCUCUGUUUUGUUCACUUGUGUCAUGCUAGACAGUUGAUUUGUGCAACUUUUCAGUUGAAACCCGCUGUGGUGCGAGUGAACCAAAACAAUAAAUAUUGGGGUGUAAAAUUAAAUCAAUGAGCAAUAAUUCUCUAUGCAUUUAUCAAUACAAACAACCCCUUUUGUAUGCCAGUAGCAAUGUAAACCACUGAUAAUAUACUGAUAGAAGCUUUAAUGUUUUUUCAAUAAAGAUAAACAAGUGAUUAGCCUGUUAGCUCUCAAACUACAUGAUGUUUUGAUCAGGUGUCUAUGGCUAAUACUUAUGGGAGUUUUUGAUUGUAAACAAAAGAAAAAUAGUUUCAUCUCGGUUAAAAGGAGAGGUGCUCAAGGUUUACUGUCCAGUAAAGUAGUAGCUGCUUAUUUGACCUUGAAUAUAGACAGAAAACUCCAGUAUCAUGAUUCAAACACUGAUGAGAAACCCUUCGCAGGGAAAUUACAUUAAGAACUGAAAGCAAGUGGAACAAAUGCUAACAAAGGAAAUAGGCUGGAAGGCUUCCUUUGUCUCUUAUCCUGUUCGUCAUCAGUGGGGGCAUCACUAUCCCAGCAAAGUGAGCUUUGCACAAACUGCUCAUAUUGGCCUGUGAUGAUCCAAGCAUUUGUCUGAAUGACAGUAAUACUGUGGGUGAAAGGAGUCAACAAUUUGAGACUUUGAACUUUGGUUUUACUGCUGUUUAUCAGAAAGGCUUGGUGGCCAAAGGCUUGGUGGCCAAAGUCUUGCUUUACGAUGCCCUACCUGGCACUUCUUAUGAGAUUUUGUGUUGAUUAGAGCUUUUAGUCUUCAUCUAAAUGUGCAAUUAGGUGUCGAGGGGAUGAACCUGUACAUGGCGGAACAGCAAAACUUAACCCUGGGUAAUUGGCAAUGAUUUAAUUCACUCUUGGUGGUUUGAUGUGGGUGACAGGUACUGUCAAAAUGAAUGUGAGGAGGAUUUCCAUGAGUAACAGCCAGUGACUUAAUUAUUAAUGACCACUUUUUCUGUUUCUUUUCUUUGAACAGUUGUGUUGUUGACAAGCUAAUGUCUUGUAUAUAGCUAACACAGCACCCUUACAGCCAGAGGACACACUUUGGCUUUGGUCAAUAAGGAUUAGUGUCCAUAUUUUUUAAACAACUCCCUUUGUAACUCAAAAUUCAGACUCUGUCAUAAAUAGAAUAAUUUAGGCUCGAGGGAAUUUAUGGAAUAAAUAUCUCAACAUAAAUGGAGUUAAGAUUGAGCAAACACAUUUACCUUUUCUUUCUGGAGAUUUCUGCUGUUGUAAUUGGCUCUUUUGUGCGACACUGAAGCUUCUGACCUUGGGCAAAACAGACAAUUUAUUAGUGAAAAUACAACUGGAGCUUCAGAUAAAGUCACUUCCUCUUAAUUUACCAAAGUUGAUGGUUUAAAUAUGUGUUGCCAUGUCAAUUAGCUGGCCCCAUCUUGUGGCCAAAAAAUAAAUAAAAAAUAAAAUUAUAUUUUAUAUAUAUAUAUAUAUAUAAAAUAUAAUUCAAUUUUUUAUUUAUUUAUUUAUUUUAUAUAUAUAUAUAUAUAUACAUAUAUAUAUAGCACAUCACUUAACAGCUGAGGAUCGUAACAUUCAGUUUCCUUUAGCAUGAUGGUCAGACCAUCUUAUCAACUGAAUGACUUUAAAAUAUAUAGGUAUAAAAAUUGCCCCCAAAAUACUUUGCAAUUGAAAACAAACUAAAACACAUGUGCACUUGUAGCCCUUGACCUCAGCCUUGAAGUUACAUUCUUGUAAUUGUGUUCUCCAAGGUAUAUGUGUCACUGGAAUUUUCUUUUCCUCUCUUUUGUCAUUUGGGACUGUGGAAUAAAACCAGUGCGAGAAGACUGAAGAUUGUAAUAUAAAUGUGCCAACAAAUAAACACCAGUAUUUCACAUUCA